AACUGUUUCUGUCACACUUGCACUCACUCUUUGUCCUUGUCUUGUUUCAUGGCAUUGGCACCUGUUGCUUCCUUUGCUUCAAUUACCACUACUCACCACAGCUCUUUGUUCUUUCAACCGAAACACCACCCUAGAAUCCAUAGGUUUCGAUGUAAUGGAACAAACCCAAAUGAAGAGUCCAAACAACCACAGAACAAUGCAUUUCUCAAGCUAGCAUGGUAUAGUUCUGAGCUUCUUGGCAUUGCUGCCUCUGUUUUCCGUUCCCCGCCUAAUGAGAAAGCUCCUCCUCAGAGGCUUCUGGAAACCAUUGAUCGUGAUGCAAUUGUCGACACUAUCAAACAAGACUUCCAAAGAUCGUAUUUUGUCACAGGAGAUCUCACAUUAAAUGCUUAUGAAGAGGAUUGUGAAUUUGCGGAUCCAGCAGGCUCCUUUAAAGGGCUUCAGCGUUUCAAGAGGAACUGCACUAAUUUUGGAUCCCUUCUGGAGAAGUCAAAUAUGAAGCUUAUGAAGUGGGAAGAUUUUGAGGAUAAAGGAAUUGGCCACUGGCGAUUCAGCUGUAUCUUGUCAUUUCCUUGGAGGCCUAUUCUUUCGGCAACUGGAUACACAGAAUAUUAUUUUGAUGCACAAUCUGGAAGGGUAUGCAGGCAUGUGGAGCACUGGAAUGUUCCAAAAAUGGCUUUGUUCAAGCAAAUUCUAAGGCCUAGCCGUGGAUUUGGCUUAAAAGAUUAUAUGAGUAGGUGGUUGAAAGCUGUGCAGGUGAAACUUUAAAUUACAACGGUUUUGUGACAGUGUCAGCAUUUUAAUAUAUACCUGCACAACUUUGGAAUUUAGAUGCUUGGCUUAACCUGAUGAAGAUCUCGUACUACAAAUUACUUGGACGAAGGAUCAAUUUGGAUAUUCCUGGCAUUAUUGGUAUGAAGAACUGAUUAUAAAAGUGUACGGUAGGAAUUCAUGACAUUGUUGUAAUCUCUUGUAAAUAUAUGGUUUCCGGAAUAAUUAUGUGUGGGAAAGUGGCUUUUGU